AAUGUCGUUUUUACGAUGUUUCCAACAGUACCUGAAUGCACCAUAAAGCAUUCAUUUAUUUUACUUUCACUUCAGGUAAAGGAACAUGGCCUCCGCUGGUUUUCUGCUCUUAACGCUCGCUGUCCUCAACAGUGCAGGAAGUUCACAGAGUGAAGAGUUUGUGGAAAUUCACUGCAAGACUCAAAACAUCGGACAGUGUGAGCAGGAGUCACGACUUGACUGUGUAAUCCACUACUCUGAAGGAGACAUAGAAGAUCAUGAAAUCCUGGCAGUAAUUUGGAGGAAAGAGGGGGUUAAAGAACCCCUCUUUAAAUACGAAAAUGGAAAACGGACAUCGUUGCCUGGAUAUUCAUUUGCUGAACCGUUCUGGAACAACAAGAACACGGACAUAUCCCUGCUCAUUUUCAAAACUGCUGUUAAGGACGAGGGAGAUUAUACAUGUUAUGUGUCCACAGACAGUGGUGAUAACACCAUCCAAACCAGACUGAGUGUCACAGCCAAAUACGGAGUGCCAACUAUUCAGCCUCAACCUCAGGACAUUGAUCUCAACACCGACGGUUCCCUGACAUGCAGGUCCACCGGCUACCCAAAAGGCCGACUCAGCUGGUUUGAUAAAGACAACAAGCCUUGGUUAGAGCAACCCGAGGUGGAGGUGCUGACGACAGAGAGUGGUCUGUUUAUCCUCUCAAGCACGUUGAAUAUACAGCGAGGAUCCGCCUUCUCCCAGUACACCUGCAAAGUGUUCAACGCCAGAGGAGACGAAGAGGCGGAGAAAUCCUUCAUCAGUGGAGGAAGUUCACAGAGUCAUGCUGAGUCACUCCAUCAUAUCAGAGCCUCUGUGGAAAUUCACUGCAAGACUCAAAAUGUUGGACAGUGUGACCAGGAGUCACGACUUGACUGUGUAAUCCACUAUGUUGAAGACCUAGAAGAUGCUGAAAUCGUGGCGAUAAUUUGGUGGAAAGAGGGGGUUGAAGAACCCGUACUUAAAUACACCCAUGGAGAACUUACAUCGUUGCCUGGAUAUUCAUUUGCUGAACCGUCCUGGAACAACAAGAACGUGAACGUAUCCCUGCUCAUUCACAAAACUGCUGUUAAGGACGAGGGAGAUUAUACAUGUGAUGUGUCCACAGACAGUGGUGAUAACAAGAACCAAACCAGACUGAACGUCACAGGUGAGCUCUAAGAUAAAACGUUGCGUCAGCUUGUUGGCACACACACACACACACACACACACACACACAUACACACACACACACAAUCUAUCUAUAAUGUUGCAUAAUCUCCACCUGAUUCCUGCUGUGAAAUGUGACAUGUAUAAAGAAAGAGACUGGUGUCUGUCUGUCUUUUGUUGUGUUUAUGUAGCUUUUUUGCGAUCGAGUGCAACUUCUCCACAUCAGCUGUUAGCUUCUCAAUCUCAGAUAUUUUUUUCCUUCUUCUUUUUCAUCGGUCGUCUCUCAGAGAAACCGGCUCACAUGCCUUUAAACUCUUGAAUUCUGAUCAUGUCGAGCCCGUCAGACCAAAUAUUCUCUAUUGCACUAAAGACAAGCCAAAAGUGGGGAAAAAAGUCCUUAUCAAAAUCCGCAUAUGUGAAUGAUUAACUGUUCUCUAACACAGAUUGAACCAUUGACCUGGUUGGCUAAAAAACAGUGCCAAAAUAAAUGUGACAUGAUGAGUUCAUGAAAAGGUAAACACGACAAACGUCCUUAAACUACUCUCAGUAGAUGAGCUUCAAAUCAGUGUGUGCAAAAAUGCUGAACUUUAUACUCUUUUUUAAAAUUAUUUUAAAAUUGUUUUUUUAGCACUAGCACCUAUUGUACCAACUGUAAAUUGUGAUGGUAUUGUCUGUAAUAAAACAAAAUCUAAAUAAG